UGCUUUGAGUUGCAAUCAGCCAAUCAGAUCACAGCAUUCAUUUAGCGUCACCUCCUGCUACCCUGCAGAGGGAAGAGUUGGCCUUAACUGAAGGCCAUGUCUCUCUGCGAUGACACACUCCUGUGUAACUUCCCAAAGUGCCGGGCCAAGCUGAGCGGCUUUGCCUGGGUCACAGCCUGCUCUCAUGUUUUCUGUGAUCAGCACGGGUCCGGUGAGUUCAGCCGCUCUCCCGCCAUCUGCCCGGCCUGCUCCUCUGCGCUGUCUGGGAAGUUGGACAUUGUGAGGACGGAGCUGUCACCCUCUGAGGAUUACAAAGCCAUGGUGCUGGCAGGUUUGCGACCAGACAUAGUUAUGGAUAUCAGUGCCCGUGCUCUGGCCUUCUGGAGCUACCAGGUUCAUCAGGAGCGCAUGUACCAAGAAUAUAGUCUGUCACGGGCAGAGUCACAGUUGAAGCAGAUGGAAAAGCUGUUGAACCAGCAGAACCAGAGCAGGGAGCUGGAGCUCGGUGCCAUGAGGGGGGAAAUCGCUUCCCUGAAGAAAGUGAUGGAGGAGUACAAGAGGAAGUACAGCGAGGUGUCUGAGAGGCUGAUGGAGAGGAACAGACAGUACCAGAAACUACAGGGGCUGUAUGACUCUCUGAGGCUGCGCAACAUGGUGGUGGGUGUCGGGGAAAGAGACGCGCUGCUACAAACAGGACAUCACGACUUCAACACUGGGGUUGCUCGACAGGCGUCUCCUCAGAGAAGCCCUCAGUUCCUCUCCAUGGGCCCUGACGUGGACAGUCGAUUCUUCUCCUGCCUGGAGGGAGACGGAGCCAAGACUUUCUUCCAGUUCAGCUCCCCUGCUAGGGAGAAAGGCCGGCCCUUCAUCAAGAAGCACUGAGAAGAACAAGUUUCAUAGUGACUUUAGUUUAACGGCUGUUAUUGACAUUACCAAGUUGUUCUGGUUCAAUAUUAAAUUAGUCGGAGGUGUUAGCUUUAAGUGCUUUUUGUGUAAUUGUAAUUUUGAACCAUAAAUGUAGUUAAAUGUAGCUAUGACCUUUUAUUCUUACAUCGUACAUUUGUGAUUUUAGUUCAGCAAAAGUAAGUAAAAUAAAACAUCAUAGAAUUAA